CUAAGCCCUUCCCGGCAGCACCCCCACCCCCCAUCUCAGGCAGGACCAUGCUGGCUGUCCCCGUGGGACUUGGAGCACCAAGUCCAAUGCUGAGGCAGGACAGCUGGCCCAGCUCCCUGCAGCAUCCGGACCUUCGGCUUCCAGGAGGAGGGAGGACCUCAGAGCCCUUCUAGAGAGCCACCUUUGUACCUCUGCUCUUCCGCAGAUUCAGCCUGAAUAAACUUCUGCUCUAUUCGGGAGGCCGGAGAAGGAUUGGACGCUGACCCUCUGCCAGGGCUGCUUGGUUGGGAGCUGGCUUUGAUUCAUGUUUUGGUUUGGUUUUGGUUUUGGGGGGUUUUCUUUUCAUUUCUCCUACCUCUCUGUCACAAACCUGUCUCUUUCCUGAUCACUGAGACAUGGGCUCCCCAUGCCCGGCAGAGAACCUGCUGGCAACAUACUUCCUAAAACAAGCGACAGGUGAGCCCAUCGCUCCCUGGCCUGACAGUCUGAAGCAAUGCCCAUGUCUUCCAGAGACAGGGACCUGCAUCCUGGACACCAUCACUUUGGCUCCUGCAGCCCCUUGAGCCAGCUCUGGCCUGGUCCCGAGCCUCAAUCAGUCAAGGGCCUUUACUACUGCAGGGCCCGGAAGGUGGGCACUCUGGACGCCUCUCCAGAGGCCAGUCUGAAAGAGAUCUUGGUGAACGUGGGUGGCCAGCGGUACCUGCUGCCCUGGAGCACCCUGGAUGCCUUCCCGCUGAGCCGCCUGAGCAGGCUCCGGCUGUGCCGCAGCUAUGAGGAGAUCACGCAGCUCUGUGAUGACUACGAUGAGAACAGCCAGGAGUUCUUCUUUGACAGGAACCCCAGCGCCUUCGGGGUGAUCGUGAGCUUCCUGGCUGCAGGAAAGCUGGUGCUUCUGCGAGAGAUGUGCGCCCUGUCCUUCCGGGAGGAGCUGAGCUACUGGGGCAUCGAGGAAGCCAACCUGGAGCGCUGCUGCCUGCGCAAGCUGCUGAAGAAGCUAGAGGAGGCGGCCGAGCUGCGCAGGGAGGAGGCUGCCCAGCGCCAGCAGCAGCGCCAGGCCUGCCACUCUGAGGUGCACGCUUCGCGAUGGUCCCGCAGCAUGAACCAGCUGCGUGAAAUGGUGGAGGACCCACAGUCAGGGCUGCCCGGGAAGGUCUUCGCUUGCCUCUCCGUUCUGUUUGUGGCAACCACGGCUGUCAGCCUGUGUGUGAGCACCAUGCCCGACUUCAGGGCUGAGGAGGACAAGGGGACAGCAGCCGGGCUGAGAAUGGCUCUAUUUAGCCAGCCAGCUGUCCGAAGGAGAGCCAUAGGGCAUGGGAGAAUGCACUAGAAAGUGCUACUACAUCUUCGUGGUGGAGACCAUCUGUGUGGCCUGGUUCUCCCUGGAGUUUUGUCUGCGCUUCGUCCAGGCCCCGAACAAAUGUCAGUUCUUCCGCGGGCCCCUGAACGUCAUUGAUAUUCUAGCCAUCUCCCCAUACUAUGUGUCGCUCGCAGUGUCUGACGAAUCCCCGGAAGCAGGCGAAAGGCCUAGUAGCAGCUCCUACCUAGAGAAAGUAGGGCUGGUGCUGCGUGUUCUGCGGGCACUACGCAUCCUCUACGUGAUGCGCCUGGCUCGCCAUUCACUUGGGCUGCAGACUCUGGGCCUCACUGUGCGCCGCUGUGCCCGAGAGUUUGGCCUCCUGCUGCUCUUCCUGGGUGUGGCGGUUACCCUCUUCUCUCCUUUGGUCUACGUGGCUGAGAAUGAAUCCGGAAGGGUCCUGGAGUUCACUAGCAUCCCCGCAUCCUAUUGGUGGGCCAUCAUCUCCAUGACCACGGUGGGCUAUGGGGACAUGGUCCCUCGAAGCGUGCCGGGACAGAUGGUGGCUCUGAGCAGCAUCCUUAGCGGGAUCCUCAUCAUGGCUUUCCCAGCCACAUCCAUCUUCCACACCUUCUCUCACUCCUACCUGGAGCUGAAGCGGGAGCAGGAACAGGUCCAGGCCCGCCUCCGGCGUCUUCAGAAUACCAAUUCAGCCAGCGAACGGGAACUCCUGAGUGAUGUAGAUGAUCUGGUGCCGGAGGGCCUGACCUCCCCAGGCCGCUACAUGUAACUCCUACCACCAUAGGAAUGUGCCACAGCUUCAAUCCAUCCCAUGGCUGAGACAGAGUCCUGCAUCUCUCCGAUGGACCACCUGGGCAUGAGAGCUCAGAAUACUGACCUACUUCCAAAGCAGAAAAGGUGCCCAGCCAUGACAUUAUUGAUGUGAUCUUGGGCCCAUCCCUUGUCCUUCCCCAGCUCCCUGCCAGUCACUGGGCACUGCCCAUCUUGCCACACUGGGUCAGUGUUCCUGGGUUCUUUUCCCUUCCGUGAAAACUCUAUGCUAUUUCACCCUGUGCUCUGGAUGCUCACAGAACUGACCUCUGCUAACAGCCAAAUACAGAGUCUGCAGAUUUCCAUCUUCUCCCUCAGACCCCCUAUCCUGGGCCACACCACUCCUGAGAAUCAGAGAGCACUGAGACCUGCUCAAAGCAUGCAGCCUGCGAGGCUUCCAGGUGGAUCUUGUGUUCUUUUACUGACUUCCACCGCCAAUCAUAUUUCCAAAUGUCAUGGAAGCACCUAGAGUUCUAGAGGCUCUUGGCAGGAAGGCAGCUCAGGCCACUUCAGCAAAUCCUGUCAUGGCUACAAGCCUGCUGUCACCUACAACAUGACUGGGAACCUACCUGAGCAGGAGGGCCACCUGCAAGUACUCAGUUGGCUAGCUGGACUCUGGGUAGACAUUCCCUAGUUAUCUAGCUCCUAGCCUUGACAAGGGGACUCUGAGAACUGUAUAGUGUCCCUUCAGAGAACAGUAGCACCAGGAGGAACCUCAGUCAACUAAACAUGCCUGACAGCUCAGCAGGACAGCCUUAGGCCUUCCUGGUUCUAGCUCCCUUCACGGAACCUGCACCGAUGGAGGACAGACAUCCCUGCUGUCUGUGUGCACAUAUCCAUGUGCUCAUCUGUCCACAGACUCAGCCCUGGGAUCCACAGAGGAGGCAGAUUGCUAUGACUUACAGAGGUGAACCUGAAAGAAAGUGACCUCUGAGUAGCCGGUACCCCAAAGUUUCCCAAGACAGUGGGGGCUAAUGCUGGAGGGUUGCUUGAGAAGGUUGGGGGCAGGCUAGGAUCAGGAGCUGGUGGACCUCAGAGCACUGUGGUUGUGCUAGGGGUUGUGGCUGUGAGGACAAGUUUGACAGUCCAAGGGACCGUGAGGCCAAGCAGAAGUAAGAGCAAUAGCCAUUCAGGAACGACCUGUGGGUUCAACUCCUCUACAACACUACCAGUCUGGCCCAGCACACCUAUGAGAGAUCUCUGGGCCACUUCUCAGGAGUUACAUAGUUCCACUGUCAUUUGACAUUGGCUGUGAGGCCACUGGAGAAAGUACAAAGGGUGACAGGGAGACGGACGGGACCCUGUGAAUCUGACGAGGCUCAUGUGUGGGUACAGUCAGUACUGUGUUCCUACUAACACGUGCCUGGCUGUUGGUCUUCCCACUAGUAUUAAGCUGAGCCCUGCUACGCGCCAUGCCCCCACUUUCCUGACUGUAGCCACAUGGCCAAUGGCUUUGCCCAGAGAAGGCCCAGCAUCUACCCUUAAGUGCAUCUUGCCAGUGUGGGAAUUCUCAUAUCCUCUGAUUCCCCAAACAGAUGCACAUACAUGCCCCCAUCCCUCUAGACCUCAAGGUGUGGGGAGCACUCUUAGUCCUUCUCAAGUUCACAUGUCUCAAGCAGACCCUUUAUGUCACACCAGGAGAGCUGAGGCCCCCAUGAGGCCCACAGCAUGCUGCUUUGCUCCAGGAAACAGCCAGCAGAGUCCUGGGGGUACCUGGAUGUAUUCUGAGAACAUAUUAAAAAUAGCUAUAUUAACUUUUUGC